CGUGUCUUUAUUCAAUCCAGUUACCUCCCGUGGUGCUAUGACGUCACAAUUACGUGAUGUAACAAUGACGUGACGUCAUGACAAUCACUCCGACAUCUACUCGGUAAUGUCAACACGCUUGAUUUUUGCUCUGACUUUUUGCGACUUUUACUGUGAAUCAAGUGUUGAAAAUGACUUAUUGUGGCCGCGACUGGCUCCGAGGGGCAAGAACAGCUCCAGAUCUGAAGCAUCUGUUUACCAGUGAACUUCUGGAGGAGUUUGACUGUAUCCGUCUUUGGCUCCAUCUGCUCCGGACUGCCAUCCUCCACGAACAUGAGGUGACUGAGACCAAGAGAGGCAAGCGAAAUCUGUGGCUGUUACAGAGAGAGGUUGGCCGUGGCUGGACCCAGAUGUCUGAGCUUUUCGUCAGCAAUGAUCACCACCCCAGCGUGCGCAACUCACUCAUCGAUAUCCACAACGCCGUCACCACGGCCGCCGCUCACUACAGGCUUUCGCGACUUCUCCCACCACCCAUCUUCGUCCAAGGAGAACUGGUCCCCCCGGCUCUGCCCCCAAAAGCCGGGAAGCUCAGGCGUUUCUUCACCAGUGUCCGUACAAGACUGGCAACUGUUGUCUCCAAACACAAAGUGAAACCCACAAACGUUCCUGUUGUCAAAUGCCGUGUAAAAGACACUUCUGGACACAAGUCCGUCUUUGUUCGUGUUGUGCAAUGUGUCAGGAACAUCACAGGAAGCAAGAACCAGAUUCUCCCUGUGUGAAAGAAUACACAUGUAUUGUAAAACCUAUUUUGAUGUCCGUUUAUUGAAUGUGAUUUGUUUGAACUUGUACAUAUUAUCUGACGCUAUACAUCUUUGUAAAUCACGAAACUGUAAUUCAUUCACUCUAAAAGAAUAUACAAAUCCUGUUUUGCUUGUAAUGUGCUAUUUCUCAAAAGCAUUGCCAUUUCACCAUUCCUUUAACCUAUGUCUCUU